GAAAUGUCAAGCAGUUGUCAAAUAUUCUUUGAUAAAAAUUACGGAUUUGUUUGUUAUUAUUUUAGAAUUAUUUUAGUGUAGUUUGCCGGGCGCAUUUAACUUAUAAACGUUAUGGGUUUGUUUAGAAUAUCGACUCAUUUGAUCCCUACUUUGCAUAACCAACCUUAAAUAAAGUUUAAAGUGUGGAACAACGGUUACGUUAUACUUGUGAAUUGUGAUCAUGGAACCUCAUCAAGAAUCGUCGUCAUUGAUAAGCUCAAAUACUUUAGAAUGUAAUGGCGCAAAGGAUAUAAAAGGAAAAGGGAGUCCCGUACAAGGAAGUGACAAUACGAACUUGGAAAAUAUGUUUACAUCGACUCCCAAUCAAAGUUCAAGUCUUUUGUCGCUAAACGGACCUAGAUCAAAACAAACCAAUUGUUUAUCGUAUAAUGAAGUGGUUUCAUCGAAUAGCUUAGCUGAAAGUAACGCAGAGAGUUCAAAAACUGUAUGUACAAAUCAGUCAAAUGUGAAGAUGAAUUCGUGUAACGACAAAGACGUAAUUUCUUCGAAAAAGGUGUACGAUAACGGAGUUGAGCUCAACCAAGAUGUGUUGUCAUGUCAAAAACACAAGAUUUGUCAAGAUCUGGCUGCCAACAGCCCUAACGUUCCCUCAACAAGUGGUAUUAACAGAGUUAAUGAACCUGACAGUAAUUGCAGAGAAAGCAGAAAAAGACCUUCCAGUUUAAAACUCAACAGGCCUAAUUUUGAUGCUGAUGAUAGUUCUAGUGAUACAGGUAAUGAUGAUUAUUCUUUAGGCUCUGAAGAUGGCUGUAUAUAUACAUAUAGAGGUGGUGAGCAUUUGGCUGAUCUACCAAGUUCAUUCUUCAGCUUGGAUAUGGGGCUGCCACUGGAUAAUCAUCUACCCUUGCCGCCAAAUUACCCUGUUCCACAGCAAGGCCAAAGAGAGCAAGGUUCACGUGCCUCUAGUCCAGAUAUGGAUUUCCUUGAAAUGGAUUUUGACCCGGGGCCUUCUUGCGAAAUGGAUACUGGUGAUGAAUCCAUACCGGAUGCUGAAAUAGAAGCAGCUAGUAACAUGCCAGAGGAGAAUGAACCAGUAAUGAUGUCACCUUCACCAGAAAAUGUUUCAGCUCCCAGAGCUAACUCAGUAAAUUUGCCAAGUGCUUCUUCGCACAAUGAUCUUGAAGCUUAUUCACAUGACAUACCAUCUACAAGUAACGAUAACACAGGGCAAGGGGAUGUGGUUGAGUCAACUAGUUUAUAUGGUCCUUAUAUAAUGCAAUCUAAUGCAAGAGGAGAGGAAUUAUUAGUCCGCAGGACUAUGUCACUUUGGCCAACCAGUGGACUUGCCUGUCAUCAUGCAACAACUGGAGACUUGGUUUGCCUGAGUGAAAUGUUAAACAGUGAUGAAGAAGAAUAUCCAGAUGGUAUUUUAUAUGAGUACCACAAAGGACACUCACGAAGAGUCGAUCCCAAUAAUUUAUCUUCUGUAUACCAUCUCAAAAUAGCUAAAAAUUCUACAGGAGAAAAGACGAAACCAGACAGUGAUAGUCACAUUCCAACUAAGGAGAAUGACACAACCGAACAGGCAACAACUUCAAGUAAUGUAUGUGCGGAGCUACCACGUUGCAUGGUCUGGUCAGAGCGAGAAGCCUGUGAGCGGCAGGUCACACAAAUCGGCACCUCAGCUUGUGGAGCGACAGCAGUUAUUAAUGUUUUUAUUGCUCUGGGUGUGCCAGUGAAUAUAGAAAAAAUCACCUCAGCUGUUGGUACAAGACUAAGAGCUAACAAUGCACCAAUACCAAGGUACAUUUUAAGCCGCGCGGUCGCCGGUUGUACUGCAGCUGAUUUGAUCACCGGCAUACAGAGAGCUUCUGACGGCCUGGUCACGGCGAGGUUUUUCCCAACCUAUCCUGAACGUGCCGUCUCGCUCUCGCACUGGUUAGCUGAUUGGAUAAGUUUAGGAGCAAUACCGAUCCUAACGCUAAAUCUUCAGAUGGGCUGUCAAGGAGACUUGCCAGAUGCGUGGCACCAUCAGAUGGUGUUUGGGGUGUCGCCUCGCGGAGUUUACUUGUGUAAUCCCGUGGAGUGUGUCCGCGAGCACGUCCUGUGGGCCCGACUGGUGUCGCCCUCAGUGCUACUAGUCCGCAGCCGGGACAUCCUUAGCAGAUACACUCCCGACACGGACCUCACGCCGCUCAUGUUUGUGCCAGAUCGGCGGUUUCACACGUACAAUGUCUUUGGUCAAGUUGUGAACUUAAUACGGGAAUGGCGAGCCGCCGGCUGGGUGGAACGUUCGACGAGGACUCGGCACGUGCGCGUCCCGGCCUCGUACCAGGCCGGCGUCACGGUGGCCGCCCUCACCGGCUCCGAGGCUCACCGGCGACUGAACGCGGCGCGACAGCUGCCCGUCAUAACGCCGCAGAACGAUCCGGAAUGAUCGAGAAGGACUACAGAAGCACAACUCAAAAAGACUUACGGUACGUUUUUUAAAAGUUCCAUCGUGUUUAUAGCAUCGAGGAAACUGCACUAUAAUAAAUAAAUAAAUAAAUAAUAAAUAUUUACUAACGAUCACGCCACGUUAGCUGGUCCCGUGCUAAGUUCAUAAAGAAUUUAACAAGUACCAACCAGGUAACGGAAAUAAAUGUAAGAUUUUUAUUAUACAAAUACAUAUAUUUAGUAUACAUGCAUCAUAAAUCAUAAACCUGGAAAAGACAUUUUAUAUUUAUCAUACAAACAUCCUACCUUGGCGGGAUUCGAACCCGCGACCCCCUUGUGUAGUGACCAUGUCACUUACCACUACACCAGACGGCUGAUAAACUAGUACAGUGUAAAGAGUAAAACAUCGUGUAAAUUAGACUCCUAGCAAUUAGAAUUGUCAAAGCGAAACUUAUUGUAUCUAUUGAUAUGAUAUUUAAAGAUUUAAGCGGAAAUAAGGUUUUUUGGAAGGAAAACAAUAUAAUAAAUAUAAAUACAUAUAAAAGUACACAAAAGAUAUCAUUUUGUGGUUUGAUGUCUUAAAUCAAUAAAAUACGAGAUGCUAUGGCUUGCUUCAUGGGAAUAUAGAUUCGUAUAGCAAGGCAGAGGCAAACAAUAUUAGAAAUGUAUUAAUUAUGUAACAAUAGAAAUAUUUAGAAUUUUCCAUGUUUUCCUUCCAGCAACAUCUUUCUAAACUGUACUUUAAAUAGUAAGACGAGGUAUGUAAACGGAGGCUGGUUUUUUGUAGUCAGCUAUUUUUGAUCAAAACGCGAAUAUUAAAAAAUAAUUUUUACAUUAAAGAAAACUAUGACAGUUGAUUACAUCUUGAUUGGCAUCUUAUAUUAUUUGUAAAUUGGCAACAUUGAAUUAAAAUGGAGGCUAAUUGUCGCAUCGUAAAGCAAGCACCAUAUUUAAGCCUUAUGUUAUAUAAUAAACAUAAUAAUAAACAUAUUGUUAUAAGAGUAUAUAUAGUAUUACCUUUGCUAAAGUAACUCGGGGAAGGAAUGUUUUUCCUUCCUCGAAUUACUAUAAUUUUUUGAGGAAUAAUACUGAUGCCUUGUGAAGAAGAUUGUAAAUCUGUCUAAACUGUAAUAUGUCUAUGAUAAAUUUGAUAAAAGCAUCAAAUUUAUCAUAGAACACGACUGAGAAGAAAAGACAUUUAUUCAUCCUCUAAACUUCAUUUAAGUCGAAAUAGAUUAUAAUAUAUUCAUAUUAUUAUCAUUAUUACAUGUAUUUUGAAUUUUCUUAACACCCCGUGAUUUUUUAUUUGCCCACGUAACAAUUUCAUUAUCUUACCACCGACUUUAUUGUUUUUGUUAAAAAACGAAACUCGCAUUAGCCCUUUGAUUUAACACUUUACACGCCUACACUUAAUGCAUACUGAUUCGUACCACAGCAAGUCAGAUGGCCGGUCCUUAUCUUUCCCGAUUGAAUGUAUGAAAUAUGAAUCAUUAUUAUUUAAUUAAACGAAAAUUUAUAUUAUCGAUGUCUAUUAUAAAAACUAGAUGAUGACCGAUGUUUUUUUUUUUGAUAACGCCAUGUUGUAUCUUUAAAGCGGUUAGUUGUCCUUAAUUAAGAAAAAUAGUAUUAUUAUUCGCCAAUAGAUGUCGGGAAGAGUUGAUUAUUGAAAACACGAAUAAAACAACAUUUUCUAUAAAUAAAUCGUAGCUAGAUCGAUUUAUCGCCCCCGAAAUCCCCUGUAUACUAAAUUUUAUGAAAAUCGUUGAAGCCGUUUUCGAGAUUCAGAUUAUAUACAUAUAUAUUAAUAUACAAGAAUUGUUCGUUUAAAGGUAUAAGAUAAAGGAUAAGAAUUUUAAUUUAAUACCUUUCUUCAAUAAACUUUUUCCGUGAGUAAAUAUAUUUUUCACAUUUAGAACACAUUUAUUUUCGUGUCAAUAACCUAAACAAAAAAAUAACCUAACAAUUUUUUUUUCCCGACUGUCGUUGAUACCAAUCUUUAGUGGACUUAAGCGAUGAUCCUUUCGUAUUAGUUGUUGUUUCUGGUUGUUCAUGAUUUUCUCGAAGGUUGGCGGCAAGUUCAACUGCUAACCGGAGUAAGGAAAAUGUUUUUUCUCGAUAAAUUUUCUCAGGUCGUUUGCUUGAACAAAAUCCAGGCCUUUACACCAACGUAAUGAAAGAGAUUGAAAAGUACUUGUAACGCACAAUACUUAUUUUCCUGGGAUAUUCUUCUGGGUAAAAAGAAAUCUGAUAAAGUCUUGAUAAGAUAUUAUAUACCGUAUUAACCUUUUCUUACACUAAAAUGUUGCUUUCUGUCGGAUCCUUUUGUUACUUUCUUGAAAUUUUAAUUCCAACUAUUUUCAUUCAAAUAACUAAGCAAAUAUUUUGCCGAAAUAGCAACAAAUUGAAUGCAAUAUUUGUCGAAUAUUAAUUUGCAUCAUAUUUUUUUAUAUGAUAACCCUAAAAGGCAAUAAAUUGUGAUCCAGCUCAUUUGACCGGUUGUGCCUAUAGGUAAACUACAAGUGUUAAAAAAAUUAAUACUAGAAUACUAAUUUUAUAUAUUAUCAUAAUUAAUAAAAAAUGUCAGUCAAAGGUGCUAAAGAGAUAAUAUGAUAUGCGCAUUUUUUGUACAGAAGUCUAAGGACCGGUCAUAAGGACAAUUGAUGCUAGGGAUGAUCGAUAUAAGAAAAGAAUCGAUUUACAACCGAAUGAAACGAUUAGAUUUAGAAAAAAAAGUUUAAUUUGAAUGUCAUUUACAUACAUAUACCUUCGACGUUCGAUGUUUUAGAUUAUCUCUAAAUAAUACACACUGGGUUUUUUAAGUCACACACGUUAUUUUUUAUUGCUUGUUGUAUUGACGCUCAAAAUGUUUUAAGUUUAAUUAUAGUUAUGGAAGACUUGUUUUAAGAUUUGCCCGUUUAAAUUUGGUGAAUCGAACAGUGUAAAUAUUUAAUUUAAGAAUACUUGUGUGAAAUAUAAUAAUAUAUUGAUAAAUAUUAGUAAAUUGGUGCUUACUAGUCAAAAUUAUAUUAGCACAUACAUGUAGACACACGACUAUAAUUUUUGUAAACAAAGCGGCGUCUCUGGAAAGCAAAAUAUGAUAUUAAUGUAAUUUGUAGUUUUAAUAAAUACAUUGUAGGUGGUGUUCACAUUAUUCAACAUAGUUUAUUAUCUAUUUAAGUAGGUAUGUAUACAUUUUUGUAUAUUUCAGCUUUUUUUCUGCGUAAUUAAGUAGACGAGCUGCUUACCGCCCAUAUGAUGAUAAGCAGUUACUUGAAGUACCCCGAAGACACCAUAACGUGCAUUCCCCUUGAGAUAUUCUAUUCAGUCGUUUUAGUUACAUUAGAAUGAUUUUAUUGCCAUAAAAAAUUACGGAGCUCAUCGAGUUAGCAAGUUGAAUGACACGAGGUAUUCUAACAGAUGUCCCACCUGUCUCAAACCGUACACAAUUGUUUCACAGUCAAAUCAGGCAGUAUGUUAAUAGCUGUACGUGCGGAAAAACAUUGAGCUCUGCAAAAAAAAAACUGAACACCAGUCUUGUAGUAGGUAAAUCAUAAUGCGAGACUCAGUUAAAAUUUUCAAUGCAGUUUUUAAAUAUUAAGGUCGCCUAUUUAAUUUUUUAUAACCCUUUUAGGUGUAAUUUGUUCAUGUAUGUAUCAAUAUUUUUUUCCAUACUAUAGAUUUAACGUUAAACUGUGAAUGGCUGUAUAAAUUGGGAUUGUUAAGCUAUUGUAUGUAUAAUAUCUUCACUACACGAAAGCAAUGUUAUGUAUAACAUUAUAUUUUUGGAUUAUACUAUGAUAGACAUAAA